CCAGUGACUUUUUAUAUCUUGCCAUACUAAGUUAAGAGUCGGCGUCUCGUUUCAACUCGUUCGUCUCCUUCUCUUUCUGUACUCUAGAAACGUUGCCACACUUCCCAAUAAAGGUAAAUCCAACAAUAGAUAUGUCGACUCCCAUUCCCAAAGGUUACGACAAACUGGCUGCCUUAAUGACCCGCGACCCCGGGUCCUCCAUUUUUCGACGCUUUUCCAAGCUUAAUGCAAAGAACUUGCUCUAUCUCCAGGCGGAGGUCGCCUACGUCGAAAAUGAACUCCAAUGUAUCAUUGAGGAGGACAGUCGAUCCCAGGAGAAGAAAACGUUUCCAUUCUCAGUCUGGCACAUGAAGACUUCAGAGGACCCGUUUCAAUGGGAGAAGGUCCUCGAAGCACGCAAGUUAUUGAAUGAGUACAACGCAGCCCUACUCCAACAAUCCCAACUCCUCCGCCUCAACAAGCCCGAGAAAACCGACCUAGAGGUGUUCCAAGCAUGGCUGAAAGACGAACAAGGCGAAAACAUGAUGUUUUCGCCUCCAGGCCAAUGGGAUGGAGAAAAUGAGAGCGACCUGGUAGCAUUAUGCAGUCGACAUGAGGAGACAGACCGUUUCACCCGGUUUGUCUAUACGCGAGUCGUUUCGUGGUUCCAUCAGAUGGCGGGGGCGAAAGAUACCAAACGAAAAGAUAUCGAAUCCGGCGUCUGGUACUACAAUGACCGGACAAUCAAAUCUUGGACGUAUAUGCUCAGCUUGAUUAUCUCGGGAUUGCUUCCUGCAACCUCGAUAAUCAUAUUGUAUUAUUUGAAGGAUCCGACAGCAGUAUUAAUCACUAUCUUCGUGUAUAACAUGGUGUUUGUUCUGGUUCUGGGGUUGAUGGUCAAGGCGAAACGCGUGGAGAUUUUUGCUGCAGCCACAGCGUUUGCUGCGGUGCAGGUGACGAUGAUCACGGCUGGUAGAAGCAGUUCGUGAGCUGGGAGCCACACUUUUCGAUAUAGACGAGUAGAUGAAUAAUGGCAAAUUGUUUGCGCAAAGGAUGCUACGGGAAUCGUAUAAAGUCAAAAGGUCGAACAGAGGGAGGGAAGCUCCAGCAAAUACGGUCGGACUUUACACACUUCCAUUAGCAUCUUUGAAACCCUUACGAAAGGGGACACGCCUGUGAGAUGUCGAUGUCUUUGGCCGAGAAGAAUAGGACCUCGAGCCUUUGAUUAUUGGAUUUUCGUUAAUUUGUCAAAUCACUUACUCUGUUCGGUGGCCUCUAUGAGUAAACAAAGGACGGUGCAUCAAAUAUACUGAUGAUAGUAGGAUUGCAUGGCUUUUGUUUACUCGAGAUAGGAUUUCGUCCAUCCUCAAGAGCAUACAUAUAGAGUGGGCGACAACUAGAAACCCUUUUUGAAUUAUCUAGUUACAUUAUAU